AUGGAUAAAGGUCUUCACUUCACAAUCUGUGUGGUUACAACCGUGCUGCUCCUGAGGGAAUCAAGCCAGGCAGGAGCUGGGAGGAAUGACGAUGCUGUGAGUAAGGGCACAGAGUCCCGGGGAGCAGGAGAGGGUCUUCCAACCCUGACUGUCACAACGAUCCUGGAGGAUCCGUAUGUGAUGGUGCGGGGUGCGGAGCUGGAGGGAUACUGCAUGGACCUGCUGGGAGCCCUGGCAGGGAUGUUGCGCUUCCAGUACCGCGUCAAGGUGGUGGGGGAUGGCCAGUACGGAGCCGUGGCUGCCGGUGGCAACUGGACCGGCAUGAUCGGGGAGAUCCUCAGAAGGGAAGCUGACAUUGCAGUGGCUCCACUGACUGUUACCUCAGCCAGGGAAGAGGUGGUGUCCUUCACCACGCCCUUCCUGCAGACUGGGAUUGGGAUCUUGCUCCGCAAGGACACAGCCUCCCAGGACAUGUCUUUCUUCCACUUCCUGUCUCCUUUCAGCAAGGAGACCUGGACAGCCCUUUUAUUUGCUUACCUGCUCACAUGCUUCUGCCUCUUUCUUGUCGCCAGACUGAGCCCCUGUGAAUGGAGUGAGCCAAAGAAUGAAGAGAACCACUUCACCUUUCUGAACAGCCUCUGGUUUGGAGCAGGAGCACUGGCCCUGCAAGGUGCCAGCCCCCGGCCCCAGGCACUCUCAGUGAGGGUCAUUGCCGUGGUCUGGUGGCUCUUCACCCUGGCCCUGCUGGCUGCCUACAUCGCCAACUUCACGGCCCUGCUGAGCUCUGGCAGUGAGCAGCUCCCCAUCCAGACCUUUGAGGACCUGGUCAAGCAAAGGAAUCUGGAGUUUGGGACGCUGGAGGGCUCCUCGACUUUCUACUACUUCAAGAACUCCAAGAAUCCCAUCCACCAGAUGAUCUAUGAAUACAUGGAGAAGAGGCGGGAGCACGUCCUGGUCAAGACUUACCAGGAGGCUGUGCAGCGCGUGAUGGAUUCCAACUAUGCCUUCAUUGGCGAGUCCAUCUCGCAGGACCUGGCGGCUGCCCGGCACUGUAAUCUCAUCAGGGCCCCUGAGGUCAUCGGGGCCCGUGGCUUCGGCAUUGCCACCACCCAGGCAUCUCCCUGGACCAAGCCUCUGUCCAUUGCCGUGCUCAAGCUGCGUGAAUCGGGUGACCUGGACUACCUGCGGAACAAGUGGUGGGAGAGCAGCUGCCUGCGCCAGAGCCGAGACCGCUGGGGGCCCCUGGAGCCACCAGCGCUGGGGGGGCUCUUCCUCACCCUGGGCAUUGGCCUCGCCCUCGGUAUCCUCGCUGCCCUGGCUGAGCUCUCCAGCAGCAGCCGCCGCACAGCCGCACACACCAAGAAAUCUUGUUGCUCUGUGUUCACAGAAGAAAUCUGCACUCGUCUACGCAUAAAAGGAACCUCCAGACAAAGCCAGGAGACAUCAGGGAAGGCAAACGCUUAAGGAUGUUUUGCUGCAGGAGUGGGCCUGUGUUAGGGUUGUACCACAUCCUAGGAGCUGUAUCUCAGUGUAGGAAGGUGUUUUUCUGCUAGCCUAGAGUGUUAGUUUGCUAAUUACAUACACACAGAGCACUUCUGGAGUGGUGGUGGAGCUGCAGACACAAGGAAAUGAAGUGGCUUGGAAGAAUUUAGAUUGAUGAGGGGUAAAGUGGAACUGUGACAAAUUGAUAAACUGGGGCUGAGCUGGCCAGGAUGGUAGAUCCAUGUUUAGGUUUGAAGUUCACCCUGUAAGUCCAUGAAAGCCUGUAGGAGGAAGUGACUGGGGACAGGUUAAUGUAAAGCCUCUGCUACUAAUUCCUGUGUGAGGAACAGUCAUGAUGCAUGAGCAUAAAGGUCUCAUCUGUCUGUUGUAAUCAGGAACAGCAGCUUAAGCACCGCACUAUAAAUAGCCUCACCCAGCCCUGCCUGAACUGGUGCUGGUCCCUGGGAAGGCAAUUCCUGAAUCAGAACUUACAGUGCUGCUGUGUAACCCCCAACAGGCCUUUCCUGCAUCCCAAACCUCAGAAAGGGAGCCCCUGCCACCAAGGAACCACUGGAGCUAAGAAAUGACAGGCAGGGCUUGUCCUUUGUCCCUUUCCAUCACAGGAUAAGGGCCACUCUUGGGUGACACAAUGUUUUGUUCUCGUCCAAGAAUUGAGGAGUGACAGUGGAAAUCCAUGAGUACCAGCUGAGUCAAACACAGCACAGCCCAAGCUCCCCUGCAAGGAGGUAUGUAGGGUGUUUUGCAUCACUCUCCUGCUCUCAAAGAAUUCUGAAGUUCAGGGGAACAGGUUUCGCAGCUGCAUGUUAAACACUUUCCUCAUUAAACUGUUUUUCAGCACUGGGAUGACUGAGGCAUGUAAGUGUUAGGGCAAAUUGGUGGUGAAAUCACUCAAUUUAUGAACUGCACAGCUGAAGGAGGGAAAAAGCAAAUUGGGUUCCUUGGGAAUGGCUGUAAUUGCACUGCAGGAACAGACACUGAUCCUUGUCAGUCCCAGCAGGAGAACUGAAGGCAGUAGAAAGCAAGGGGGCUGGGAAGUUACAGGUGAUCCUGACUCCAUCACUGCAUAUUCUCUGUGAGGGGAACUUCGUAAGACUCAGCUUCCAGCUGCUGUGAAGGAAUUCAGUGUAGCUGCAGGACUCCCUCCCAUGUCCCUCCUGCUACUAGGAAUAAACAAGUGUUGGGAAACUAGGGCUGAUCCUUAACUCAGAUCAACAACCCUUACUCAGUCACAGCCUGAGCAACGUUUGUGAGGUGAGAAAGUAGAUCAACCCUUUGAUCAGCUGAGCUGCACAGAGCAGGAGAUUUAGGCAAGUCUAACA